AUGCUGAACAGAAGACGGCUGCUCGUGCAGCCUAAUCGAAGGCGACGAGCUGCAGAUGGAUCAAGCGAUUCCUUGCAACCCCCAAUACCACCACCCGAGCUCGACGACCUGCCCCUCUACGAGCCGCCCACGCUGCCACUGGACGAUGCUGCAGUUCGCUCUAUGGCCGAGCUGGCCAAUAACCGCGCACUAAUGCGCAUGUACGACGCGCAACUGAAGAAGUCAGCAGAGUAUUUACGAGAGGCUGUUGGCAGUAUCAACGAUCUGUAUACUGAGCGAAAGUCGGAGCUGCAGCGCAUUUCAGACCGCCGACACGAGCGGGGCGCAGACCAACCGUCUAAGAUUGAGACGGAGGUCAUCAAGUCGGUAGACAAGCUGGCCACAGACGUGCCUCCGAUGACCGUGGAUAUCGAGCGCUGUGCACGCUUGGUCAUCGAUAUGCAGGCCGAACUCGAGGACGAACGCGAGGCGCUCAUGUGGACGAACGAGCAGGUCUGCGCCCGCCAGCAGGAGGACCGACAGCGGGCUCGCCUGCAGGAGCAACGGCAGAACCAGCGGCAAGAGCGAUUAGCAGCCGCCAUCCAGCGGCGAGCUGCAGGAGCCGCAAGCGGCCUCAAAGGAGAAUGGGAAGACGAAGAGGGUGGCUCGCAGCCGCUGGAGGAGGACGAGGACGACAUCGACACCCAGGACGAGAAGUCGUGUCCGACAGCUGUGACCGAUGUGCUGCGGCAGGCCCGAAAGAACCGAGCCGCCGAGUACGCACAGAUGGAUGCCUUCCGCAGGUAUGGUCUUAACAACGACUACGUCACCUUCAAGCAGAUUUGGCACGAAGCCAUACACCCGGACGGCGACGCUUUUCUGCCUGACGCAUCCGCCUGGUUCGACGCCGACGGGCAACCUGUGGAGUAUGGGCCAGACGGUGUGGUGGGGGCUGGCGGCGAUGACGAUGACGACCUCAUCGUGGCCCGGGAGGUCAUCAGCUUCAAGUGUCCCCUGAUGCUCAGGACAAUGGUGGACCCCUACAAGAGCCGACUUUGCAGCCAUACGUUCGAGAAGCAAGGAAUCAUGGAGUAUCUGCAACAAGGCUCGAAAAAGUGCCCGCAGACUGGCUGUGACAAGACCCUCUCCAAGGACGACCUGGUACCGGACAACGUAAUGCGUCGCAGGAUCGAACGUGCCGAGCAAAUAGCACAGCGCAACGAAGCGGAUGCCACGUCAGAUGUGGAGGCCGAGGAGGUAAACGGUGGCGACGCUGCAGAUGACGAUUCAGAAGCAGGUGAUCCGAGCGUGGUAGAGGGCCAUGCUCGAGAGGUCAAGCGAGAGCGGUUUGCGCGGUUACAGCGAUGA